AUGGCUUUAACCCAAGAAUCCAUAUUGUCCUUUUUACUGGAACACGGAGGCAAAGUGAAGAACACGGAGCUGCUGAACAGUUUCAGGAGUCAAAUCAACUGCAGUGAUCCCGCGGAAAAGCUGCACAAUAGGGAUCUAUUCAAGAAGUUGGUGAACAGCGUCGCCGUGGUCAAACAGAUCGACGAGGCAAAGUUUGUAGUCGUGAAGAAAAGGUACCAGGACUUCGUUAAAGAGGGGGUCCAUGAUGCACCGCAGAAAACACAGAUGGAUGACAGUUUCUCAAGCCCAAAUACGAGCUUUUCAUACACCUCUCCCCAUCGAGCGGAGGCAGCCAGUGUGAUUCAUUCAGACAUUGAAAACAAUAACAUGAGCUACCCACUGAACAUAAAUUGCAAUUAUUUCGGUGAUGCUAAACAUAUGCCGGGGGGCAGUGUGCAGAAAAGAAGGCCGUUAUCCAGAAACAUUAGUAGUGCGGACACAACCACUGUCAAAGUCCUGAAUAUCUCCGGAGAUCAUACGAGCAGAGCGGGGAAAUCUGGGGCUGUGUUCGCUGUCAUAUCAGUAAAAUCCCCACCGAGAAACUCUGCACCAGCACCACAGGAUGGAUUACAUUCCCAAGUGCAUCAGCAUAAAACUUCAGACACGCCAAUCACGUUGGGAACUAAAGUUUCUACGUCAUCAGUGCAAACUCUGAAUUCUAACUUUCCAGCUUGUCAGAAGGAUGAAUCAAGUGAACACCAAUGUCGGGAAAGCAGACAGACAGAGAACAUGCAGCUCCCAGGCUUUCCCCAGGUGAGGCCCCAAAACAAGACCACAAAACAAGCGGAUGAUGCCAAGUACUCUGAGUCUGUGCCUUUGGAGCCAUUAGCUCAUGAGUGGUUGGUAAAGUGUGCUGCUGGACUGUGGAGCCAAAUCUAUGCUUUGCUACUGCAGGACACCCGGUUAGCACAGAGGAAAGACUUCAUGUCAGGUUUCACAGCACUACACUGGGCCGCCAAGGAAGGCAACUGCGAGAUGAUACAUAAGCUCAUGGAUAUCUCCAGGCAAAGAGGCACUUACAUUAACAUCAACAGCAAAGCACACGGAGGAUACACACCUUUACACAUUGCAGCCAUACAUGGCCACACUGAGGUAAUGCUUUUGCUUGUGCAAAGGUAUGGAGCCAAUGUUAAUGAAAGAGAUAAUGCUGGCAAAAAGGCCUUCCACUACCUGGGCAAAGGUUUGUCAGCUGAAAUGAGAGCACUUUUGGGAGGACUGCAGCAGAUCAAGUACAGGGAGAAGACAGAUGAGGAAGACUACAGAGAGCACCCGAAAGGCUUCAACACUAUUAGCAAACUGUUCCAGCCUCACAUAGGGAAGAAACAAAGGACAACAACAAAGUUUACUCAUGACUGGUGA